GCUGAUUUAUUGUUCCACUCACAGUAUGAGCAGCGUUGUGAGUAGCACAGCGCCCAGUCCAGCCAGUUUCAUUGACCCGAAUGGCACAGCAGCAGCCGCAGCUGCCGCCGUCGCAUCGAUGAUGACCGAAUCGACAACCUUAAAACCGAAUUUUAUUGUACAAGCCAAACCAAUGUCGUCGCCCAUUGAUCCGCUCAGUCACGUCGGUGAUGGUAUCUUCCUGCAAACAAAGACCGCUCAAGGACUUGCGACUGUAUUCGUGUGGGCGGCACUCUUUAUCACAUGCCAACAGAUUUAUCAACACCUGCGUUGGUAUACAAAUCCACAGGAGCAACGUUGGAUAGUACGUAUCCUAUUUAUUGUGCCCAUGUAUGCGACAUACUCGUGGAUCAGUUUAUUUUUCUUCAAUUCAGAUAAUGUGUACGUGUAUUUCUUUACCGUACGUGAUUGCUAUGAAGCUUUUGUCAUCUACAGUUUCCUGUCGCUAUGCUACGAGUACCUUGGUGGCGAGGGCAACAUUAUGUCCGAGAUACGUGGCAAACCCAUUAAAAGCUCGUGUCUUUAUGGCACUUGCUGCCUAAGAGGUAAAACAUAUACCAUCGGCUUCCUACGCUUCUGCAAGCAGGCUACAUUGCAAUUCUGCUUGGUGAAGCCGCUUGUGGCGUUUAUUAUUAUAUUCCUGCAAGCUUUUGGCCACUAUCACGAUGGUGAUUGGAGCGCCAAUGGUGGCUAUAUUUACAUUACUGUCAUCUACAAUAUAUCCGUUACUCUUGCCCUCUACGGCUUGUACUUAUUCUAUUUUGCUACGCGUGAUUUGUUAACACCCUUUGAGCCUGUGCUGAAGUUUUGUACAAUCAAAUCGAUUAUCUUCUUAUCAUUUUGGCAAGGUGUGAUGUUGGCCAUUUUGGAGAAGGCCAAGGUCAUCUCGCCGAUCGUCGACAGUGCUGGCACUCACACCUCAGCUGGUACUGUCUCGGCGGGCUAUCAGAACUUUUUCAUUUGCAUUGAAAUGCUAUUUGCUGCGAUUGCGUUACGCUAUGCCUUCCCCUAUCAGGUAUAUGCGCGCAGCUGUAUUGCCGACGGUCAAGGUCGCUCUGUAACAAUGCAAUCGAUUUCAAGCAGUCUUAAAGAAACAAUGAAUCCCAAGGAUAUUAUGACAGAUGCUAUACACAAUUUUCAUCCACAAUACCAACAAUAUACGCAAUACAGUUCCGAAGUUACCUCGUCUCAACGUUAUGAGAAACUUUAAAAUGCAUGACAUUCGUUGUGCUAAUAAUGAAUGUGCCGAGACGAAGACAUUUAAUGUUGUGAGAGAUAGAGAGAGAAGAGAGCGCAUUGAAAGAGGAUAAAAGUACUUACCAUACCUAAUAAGAUAUGAAACGAUAUGAAUUCUAAAACGAUAUUUUUUCUAUAGUGCUGUUGCGUUUAGAAAAUGCCUUUACGAAGUGCUUUUCGCAUACCAAAAUUGCCUUAUAAUAGUUAUAAACACAUAUACUACCUACAUAUUUAUACAUACAUACCUAUAUGAAUUGCAAAACAAAACCGUCUUAAAACGCUGUUUAUGAUAAAAAUGAAAAUUUUUAAGUGAAGCAUUGCAUAGCUCUUAAGUUUAUAUGAAGAAUAGCACAUACACACAUACAUGAAUUUCUAUAUGGCAAAGGCGUCAUACAUACUUGUAUAUGACGAUAGCCCUGUUUUUUGUGUUUUUCUUUUUUUAAUGUUUAAGUUUUUACGUGUGCUGAUUAUAAUCUGUAGCAAAGCACAAAAGCGUCUAUUUACUAGCUCAAUAUACACCUGCGCAAACAAGCAUUUUUGGCUAACAACUUUUAAGAUUUUUAUUGCAAAUUAAACCAAAAUUUUGUCCAAACACAUUCCUGCUCCAAAUGUCCAUAUUUGCUCACAUAAAAAUGUUUUCCAAAAAAUUCCCCAGCCUUCGAGGGUCACCAAGCCAAACCGCUUAGCACAAUGGAGUGUUUGGGCUGGUCUACUCAAACAAAAGGAACCCUAGGCGUAAUAUAUGUAUUAAAAUGCUUCUUUACUGGCACAACAUAACACAUUUUUAGAGAAUUUCGUCGUCUCUUAACCUGCUAGUUAGCUUAUCUUUUUUUAAUUCUUUAUACACCAUCUUACACACACUUUUUGUAGUUAUAACCCACUUUUUUUUUUAAUGAAAUGCUCAUCCAUCUUUAGGCAAAAAGGUACUUAGCGAAUGUCCAAAAUAGAAAGAAAACGACAUUUUACAAUUAUAAAA